AUGCGGCCCUGCAAGCACAGCAGCUGGCUGACUGUAUACCAACAAGACGACGACAUCACCCUUGCACACUCAGACCGAGCCCAGGUUUUACUUCACAACCUGCCUUACUUUGAAUCGCAGAAACCCAGCCUUUUCGUUCUUAUCGGUAGUGCUUCAAAAACACGAGCGCUGAGAGAAUUAGCCUCGGCUAGUACUGAAAGAUCCAUCGGCAGGCGGGGAUCCGGCGAGAUCUGCCUCCACCUUGACCCAUCUACAACCUUUAGUGAUAGGCCCGUCCUCGUCGCCGAUGGCGACAUCCUCGUCCACAAAAAUCCCCAUCAGGCCGCCCUUAUCCACAAAUGCCAUAAUGUUACGCGGAGGAUCCUCCCGGGACGAAGUGAGAACAUCCGGAGCCGCCUCCAGGUCGCCGGAGAUAGUCUAUGUUUCCGGCUCCUCUUUCCAUUCACCGACGUCUUCUGCUUCUUUGCGGCUGAUCUAGGGGGACUGCAGCCCGUCGCGCGCCGGCUCGCGACAUGGCUCAACACCAGACAGCCUUCGACACUCCCCGCGGCCACCCACCCCCAGAUUGUGGUUGUGACGGAACCAUCAGCAAUAGAGAAUCACGAGUCGCAACUUCUGGAUCGGUUUCUCCGGCUAUUAGCUCAAGAGACGGCAAUAGAGCCUUCCACACAUUUCGCAGGUAUUAGGAUCCUAUGUCUACUUCCAGAUGGAGAUGUUUCAGCGCAAGCUCGUCAUAGACGGCUCAAGGAAUCCUUGAUGAAUGCCUCUGAUCAGGUUCGGUCGGCUAGGGUACAGUGCAGGAGUCUCUUCUCAGCUCAGCACAUGGCCUCCUUCCUAACUCAAGCCUACUCUCAUUUCGCCGAGAACCCCACGGAGCCCUUCAGUUUCAUCAGAGCCUCACGUAUCGGUAAUCCGGCCGCGCUGGAUCUUAGGGAGCAUCUCACCAACUUUUUACUUAAAGUCGGCACUCUUGCAGAGUUGAAGAGUUUUGCAAUCCCUCUAGUCGCCUCUAGCUUGUUGCUGGACAAUUACCCCCCUGGCUCGCACCACUUUCGCCCCCAAGAUGUCUUCCGAGCGCUGUACAAGGACGCUUGUUACCACGCCUGUAGAGAUGGAGUAUUCGCUACUAACGACUCGAGGUAUCUUGUUUUGCCAUCGGGGUUCGUGAAGCUUAUCGAGGACGCCUUCUCCGACCUCGUCGAAAAGCUCGAAUCCAGCGCGGCAGGCGCCGCGACAGACAUUCACCGUCAGCUGCUCGUUGCGUUUGACUCGGAUUGGCAGGCACUCCGGUCAGACGAUACCUGCCUCACCUGCUUACGACGGCGGCCGCAGUAUGGUCUACCCUGCGGGCACUGCGCCUGUGAAAAUUGCGUUCGUGUUUUUGGGAAAAGAAGUGAAGCCGAUCCGUGGCUAUUUGAAGUGGAUAGCUGCGUCUUCUGUGGGGCGGCCACAUCAGGUAUCGUAGUGAAGACCUUCCCCCCAACGGCCGGGGUUCGAGUCUUGACAUUCGAUGGUGGUGGUGUCCGGGGCAUAGCUACCCUCCAGUAUCUUCAAGAAUUGCAGGACAAGCUUGGCUUGCCAUAUCCCGUGCAAGAGCACUUUGACCUUGUAUUCUGUACUAGUGUCGGAAUAAUCAUUGUCUUGGGAUUGAUUACUCAGGGCUGGUCGGUAGAGCACUGUAUUGAGCGCUUUGAAGACGUUGCAGAAGCAGCGUUCCAGCCACGCCUAUCGCUGGGAAGGAUAAUAGGCUUUAUUAUAUCGUACUUUGCUGACGGGCGCUACCCAGUAGACAAUCUCGAGGCCGCCUUGCAAGAGGCAUUUGAAACCGAGCGAACGCUCCUCGACUAUUCUAGGGCCACUGAAACCGGCACCCGAAUCGGGCUCGUAGUGGCAACGAUUCGAGAUACGUCAACAUGUAUCUUUACAAACUAUAACGGGGUGGGAACACGGCCGCGGGGAUGUGGAUACUUCGUCUUGGGUUUGAAAGACGGCUCAGGACGAGUUCCGCUUGCCAGAUGCGGAUCAGCCGCCCCCUCUUACUUCAAACCAAAGCACAUCCUGGGACUGGGCACAUUCCAGGAUGGCGGCCUAGAGCACAACGAUCCAGGAAGCCUUGCGCUUGAAGAGGUAGCAGCAAUCUACCCUCUCGUGGAUGGGCCUAGCCUUGUCCUCUCGCUUGGGACAGGCUCGCCGCGACUAGCAGAUGUGCCACGGAUGUCGCCCACUCGUGGAGUCUUUAGGGAUGGCUUUAUCCCGAGGCUUUUCCGCGCCUUUAGACAUUCGAUGGGCAGUAUUAACGGGCAUAAGUUCCGGAGUCGCCAAAGAGGAGGCCACAAAGAACAGUAUUUCCGAUUCGACAUCGAAUUCGACGGUCCUGAGCCAGCCUUGGACGAUACAACCAAAAUACAGGAACUAAAGGCCGCUGCCCGCUCUGCAAUCCACGGAUCCGAGGAAUUGGAUAGACUAGCAAGAUGUGUAGUAGCCGAGCUAUUUGUUUUUGAGCUUGAUCAUGAGCGCCUGCCCCUACCGGAGAAUGGGAAGUACCUGUGUGCUGGUCGUAUUCUGUGCCGGCUACGUGCUAAUCACCCAGCCUUCCAAGUUUUGCUCGAUCAGCUCUCGAAAAGCUCUGCUAAAUUUCUCUUCCAGGGAUCUCCACUAGCAGGCUCGGCCAAGGAUGCGUCAUAUUUCGACGAGGGUGGGGACUUUCGCAAGAGAGUUACUUUUGAGGUCCCGAAUAGGGGGGCACCGAUAUCUAUCCACCUCCGGGAAGGAUCGUCCGAACCGUCAAGUAUCAGUGGUUCUCCAUUCACAAUUGAUACAUUGGCGGCCGCACUACAGCUCGAAUGCUGUUUUGGAAGGCCGGACCACGUGAAGAGGAAGAGGCCGGGCACAAAUGACCGUCUGUCGAGAAAGCGCCAACGCCGCUGA